AUGACCACGGAGAGUUUUGCAGAGUUCCUGAAUAAGCUCAAGGAAAUCCAUGAGAAAGAGGUCCAAGGUCUGCAAAACAAGCUGACGGAGCUGACAACGGAGAAGUGCCGUGAUGCUCAGAGAAUUGAAGAGUUGUUUGCUAAAAAUCACCAGUUAAGGGAACAACAGAAGGCCCUUAAAGAAAAUGUGAAGGUGUUAGAAAACAGGCUGCGAGCGGGUCUCUGCGACAGAUGCAUGGUCACCCAAGAGCUGGCGAAAAAGAAGCAGAAUGAAUAUGAGACCUCCCAUUUCCAGAGCCUGCAGCACAUCUUCAUCCUCACUAACGAGACGAACCGCCUGAGGGAAGAGAACAAAGCUCUCAAGGAAGAACUGAAGAGGCUCCGGAGCCUGGAGGAGAAGACAAAGCCCCCAGGAGUCGCCUCCAGAGAAAGCGGCUCCACCCCCAGCUCCCCCUUGGCUUUACUGUCCCCAGCAAGCAGGAACGCCGGCAGCGAGCAAGCAGCUCACAGGGGAGCCGAAGAAGCCCACCAUGAUGUGCCAGGCCUUGAGCUGGGAGAAGAAAAGCCUGCAGGACAGAGAAGCUCUCCAAGCAGAAGGACUUCCCCGGGCACUGUCCUCCAGGAAGUCAGCCUCGCAGAAAUUGCAUCCCAGAGGAUCGCCAACCAGCUGCACGGAACCAUUGCCCUGGUGAGACACGGCUCCAGACCCUGCCUCCUGGAAAAAAGUCUUUCAGGGGCAGCAGUGUCCCCACCGGCAAGGAAGACCCCUCUCCCACCAGAGCGCGAGCACAGCCCCAGCCUUGAGGCUUAUUUAACAGCAAGCAAACCAGACUCCCCCAAGGUUGCUCCGUCCUACGAAAACCUAAAACUGACCGCCCGGAGAGAGCAGCUCUGCCUCCUCCACAAGCACCUUUCCCUACACCAGCUGGGGCUGGCGAGCAACUGUGCCUCGGCCGACCAGGACGGCGGCAGCUUCUCCAGCCAUUUGCUCAGGGCCAAAGACACCGAUGGCAGGAUGCGGUCGCGUGAUGGCUGGGAAGAUCGUGCAGCCUUACUAAAGCUCCCUGCCACCAUGGUGUACGUGAGGGAUCAGCACCUGGAGGAGAAGCUGCACCUCCUCAAGCACAGGGAGCGACUGCAGCAUUUCCUCAUGCAGCAGUGCCAGCCAGGCCAUCAGGCAGAUGGAGACCCAAAGCUCGCGCCCGAGGAGCGGCCCCUCUCCCCAUGGCCAAGCAUCACACCAGGAUACAAGGAAGAAAGGUCCUUCCUGGAGGAUGCCGCAGAUGGGAAGGAAGAGAAAGAGCUUUGGCUGAGCCGGGACAGCUCCGAGCUCCAAGAAAAGGCGAAGGCGGCAAGGGACGAUGGUGUAGACACGCCGCUGGAUCUGUCAGACUCCAGCCGUGGCAGGGAAACAGGCUGGCACAACCGGCGGGAGCCACGGGGGGCCAGCAGCCCACGGCUGAGCCCCGGGGAAAGCCCGGCUGUGCUGACAGCCCGUGGCCCCUGCGGGAGACACGGGGCAGAGCGGGACAACUCGCACUUCCCCUACCGCUGGCCCAAUGCCACCCGGGCACUGCCUGGUGCUGUCGAGGGGGAGGAGGAGGAGGAUGCAGCUGUGCUCGCACUCUCACGGGCACAUCUGACAAACAACUCCACGCCGAGCGACCCAGAGGCCCUUCCGGAGACUGGGGUGAGACUGGCUGUCAGUGCACAGAAGGAAGAAGCAGAUGACGAUGAUGCCGAGUCUGGGAAGCAGGAAUCCGAUGAGCCAGACACGACGGACAGUGAGGUGUCUGCCCCAUAUGAAGAUGAUAUCCUACAAGAAGCCCAGGCUGAUGGGAAAUAUUUUUGCACCAAAGACAAAGCUCAUGCGCUGCAGAAGAAGAGAAAAAGAGGACAGGAUCCCUGGACAAAAGGAGCUAAGAAGUCAAUGAGAGGAAGAAAGAAAGUCAAAGUGGAGCAGUGCUCAGCGGGGAUCACGAAGGAACCGGAGAACUGCUCCACUUCCCACAACAAUACCUCUGAGGAGAGCUAA